UCCUAAGAGUUUGCAUACAAUUGACAAAUGCUGGCUAUUUUAAUCUUUCAGGAGGACAUAUAGCUGAUGCCAUAACGAGAUCUGCUGUAUGAGUACAGGUUAUUGUAGUCGCAUUUGUUUUGCAUUUAAAGAUUGGAAAUAAUACUUUCUAAACUACAUUAACAUCAUCAUGAAAUCAAUGAGGGAAGUAAAUCUGGAAACAUACAGUUUGUCUCUACUUACGGCAAAAGAAGAUAUCCUGAAUCCACGAUCAUCAACAAACUGGGCUUUAUUUGCCUAUGAUGGAAUAAUGAACAGGCUCAAACUGGCUGAUUCUGGAGUAGGUGGACUGAAAGAAUUGUCGACUAAACUCCACCCUAGACUGCCACUUUACGGGAUGUGCAGAGUGGGCCCAGCUCAACCCUACAUCGUUAUGAUAUUAUGGGUAGGGAAUGAAGUGGACGAGUACCGCAGAGCUGAGUGUGCAAGUCAUAUACCAGCGAUCAGGGCCUUCUUUAAGGAAGUUCACAUCUUUCUUCCUGCCCGCACUUUGGAUGAAAUCACAGAAGAGAGGAUCUGUGCACUGGCCCAUAAUGCUGCAGUGGUCACGAAGGGGCCGAGAGUGAGACCCAGCCGCCGGAUGGAAGACAGACAGGCGAUUGUGGGCACUAAUUACAAGCGAACAAUCGCAGCCGCAGAGAUCCAGAGAAUCCAGAGAGAUUCUUUCUGGGCACAAGCAGAGAGAGAAGAGGAGGAAAGGAAAAAGGAAGAACAGCGGAGGGCAGCAGAGGACAGGAGACAGAGAGAGAGAGAGCGAAUGCUCCAGGAAAAGAGAGAUGCGGUGGAGAGAGAGAGGAGGUUGAAUGAAAAGGAACAGAAAAUAAAGGAGCAGAGGAGAAUACAGGCCCAAAUGGAGGCUGAGGCCCGCAAACAAGAGAAAUUAAAAUGGCAUCAGGAAAGGCAGCGUGAAGAAGAUGAAAUGAGAGCUAGAUAUUUCCCCUCUGAAUCAGAGGAAAAAUCUGCACAGGAGGCAGCAGCUCUAGUGUCUCAGCGUGUUGUAAACCCCAGAGAGUUUUUCAGACAACUGUCCUCCACAAGUGUCCAGACAGAUUCCAAUCCCAGCUCAACAAAUCCAGUCAGGAGCCCCUAUAGACAACUGCAUCGCAGUCAGACGGACAGUAUCUUCAGGUUUAAUGAAUCACCUUCUUCUACACCUGCAUCCCCGUACAGAUCAUCAGUGGUAUCUCCUUACAUUCAGUCGACUACCACUUCGCAGAGCCCACCUCUUUUCACUAACACUGCAGCUUCCUCAUUGCAGAAUGGUGCAACGUUAUCUAUCAAAAGCCAGAUCCACCCAACUUCACCUAAGAUAAUGGAGUCAUGUGCCGUAACUGCCGCUGACCCUGCGCCACGGCUCCAAACUCAAUCAUCACCUUCAACUAUUGCAACUGAAUCUGAAACAGAAAGUCCUAUUGGUGAAAUACUAGAUAGUCUGGUCUUUUAUCCACCUCCACCAACUGCUGAGCAGCUCAAAACAGAUCAAUCAGAGAUGGUGGAUGAGUUUCCUCCACCUCCAUCUGGUUUUGAGAAUUCACCGGAAUUGGCUGUGAACCAGCCUGAGACACUUGUCGACCCCUUAGACACCCUUAUGUCAUCUCUUCCUCCAUCAUGUCUUGUGGUACCUGAGCCCCCCUUCAGACCGCUUCCUGCACUGCCUGUUGCCCCACGAAUGCUGAAAGACCUGGAAUUGAAAGGAGAUUUUACUGCUCGGGCAUCGGUUAUAUCUACGGUUGAGGAGGAAGAUGUGGAGGAAGAGAAUGAGGAAAGGGAGAUUAAAGAUGAGGGGAAAGAUGUGCCAGGGAGUGAUGGAGAGAAAAGGGGUCAGGAAGAAGGUAAGGGAGGUCGAGAAGAGGAGGAGGAACAUGAUGGGCUGAUUAUGGAAAAACAUGAAACUGAAAAAGAAUUUAAUGGUAAAAUGAUGGAAAAAUGUGAGAGUGGGAAAGAACAAGAUGGUAAAAUGUUGGAAGAACAUGAGAGUGGAAAAGAACAAGAUGAGAAAUUGUUGGAAGAACAUGAGAAUGGAAAAGAACAAGAUGGUAAAAUGUUGGAAUGUGAGAGUGGAAAAGAACAAGAUGGUAAAAUGUUGGAAGAACCUGAAAGUGGAAAAGAACAAGAUGGUAAAAUGUUGGAAUGUCAGAGUGGAAAAGAACAAGAUGAGAAAAUGUUGGAAGAACAUGAGAAUGGAAAAGAACAAGAUGGUAAAAUGUUGGAAUGUGAGAGUGGAAAAGAACAAGAUAGUAAAAUGUUGGAAGAACCUGAAAGUGGAAAAGAACAAGAUGGUAAAAUGUUGGAAUGUCAGAGUGGAAAAGAACAAGAUGAGAAAAUGUUGGAAGAAAGUGAGAGUGGAAAAGAACAAGAUGGGAAAAUGUUGGAAGAACAUGGGAGUGGAAAAGAACAAGAUGGGAAAAUGUUGGAAGAAUGUGACAGCGGAAAAGAAAAAGAUAGGAAAUUGUUGGAAGAACAUGAGAGUGGAAAAGAAAAAGAUGGGAAAAUGUUGGAAUGUGAGAGUGGAAAAGAACAAGACGAGAAAAUGUUAGAAGAAAGUCAGAGUAGAAAAGAACAAGAGGGAAAAAUGUUGGAAGAACCUGACAGUGGAAAAGAAAAAUAUGGUAAAAUGUUGGAAUGUCAGAGUGGAAAAGAACAAGAUGAGAAAAUGUUGGACGAAAGUGAGAGUGAAAAAGAACAAGAUGGGAAAAUAUUGGAAGAACAUGAGAGUGGAAAAGAACAAGAUGGUAAAAUGUUGGAAGAACGUGAGAGUGGAAAAAAACAAAAGGGGAAAAUGUUGGAAGAACGUGAGAGUGGAAACGAACAAGAUGGGAAAAUGUUGGAAGAAUGUAAUUGUGGAAAAGAACUAGAUGAGAAAAUGCUGGAAGAACGUGAGAGUGGAAAAGAAGAUAAUGGGAAAAUGUUGGAAGAAUGUGACAGUGGAAAAGAAAAAGAUGGGAAAAUGUUGGAAGAACAUGAGAGUGGAAAACAACAAGAUGGUAAAAUGUUGGAAAGUGAGAGUGGAAAAGAAGAUGAUGGGAAAAUGUUGGAAGAAUGUGACAGUGGAAAAGAAAAAGAUGGGAAAAUGUUGGAAGAACAUGAGAUUGGAAAAGAACAAGAUGAGAAAAUGUUGGAAUGUGAGAGUGGAAAAGAACAAGAUGAGAAAAUGUUGGAAGAAUGUCAGACUGGAAAAGAACAAGAUGGGAAAAUGUUGGAAGAACAUGAGUGUGGAAAAGGACAAAGUGAGAAAAUGCUGGAAGAACGUGACAGUGGAAAAGAACAAGAAGGGAAAAUGUUAGAAGAAUGUGAGUGUGGAAAAGAACAAGAUGGGAAAAUUAGUGAGGAAGAAGAGAAUGAAAAAAUACAACAUACAAAAAUUAUGUUAGAAUAUUAUGCAUUAGAAAAUGAGCACGAUAGGGAAAUUACAGAAAAACAUGAGGAAGAUGGGAAAAGUUUGAAAGAAUGCGAGAAUGAAAAAAUGAUGGAAGGACAUGAGCAAGAUGGAAAAAUUGUGGAUGUAUUUGACAAUGAUAAUGAACAAGAUAGGGAAAAAAUUGAAGUAUUUGAGACUGAAAAAAUGAUGGAAGAAUGUGGGCAAGAAAAUGAGCAAGAUAGUAAAAGUACAGAAAUAUGUGAGGAAGAACAUGAGAGUGAACAGAAACAAGGUGGGGAAAAUAGAAAAAUAAUGGAAGAACAUGGAAGCAAAGAAAAACAAGAUAGGAAAAUUGUUGAUGCAUUUGACAGUGACAAAGAACAAUAUGGGACAAGCAUGGAAGUAUCUGAGACUGAAAAAAUACAUUAUGUGAAAAGUAUGGAAAAAUGUGUGCAAGAAAAUGCGCAAGAUGGAAAAAUUGUAGAAAAAAGUGAAAAAGAACAUGACAAUGAAAAAGAACAAGAUGGGAAAAUUGUAGUAAAACAUGAAGAUGGGAAAAGUCCGGAAGAACACAAUAGUGAAAAAAUGCAGGAUUGGAAAAUGAUAGAGGACUGUGAGAGUGAAAAAAUACAAGAUGGAGACAUCAUAGAUGAACAAGAAAGUGGCAAAGAAGAAGAUGGGGGAAUUCUGGAAAAUGAGCAAAAUGGAAAAAUUGUAGAAAAAUGUGAGGAAGAACAUGAGAGUGAAAAAGAGCAAGAUAUGAAAAUUAUACAAACAAAUGACUGUGAAGAACAAGAUGGUAGAAGGUCAGAAGAACGGGACUGGAAAAUUAUGGAAGAGCUUGAGAGUGAAAAAAUACAAAAUGCAAAAAUGAAGUUAGAAUAUAUGGGAGAAAAAGAGCAAGAUUGUAAAAUUGGGGAAAGGCAUGAAGAUGAAAAAAGUCUGGAAGAACACAAGAGUGAAAAAGAACAGGAUUGGAAAAUGACAGAAGACUAUGAGAGUGAAAAAAUUCAAUAUGGGAACAUCAUGGAAGAACAUGAAAGUGAAAAAGGACAAGAUGGGAUGACGGAAAACCGACAGAUCCAAGACAAUGAAGGAAUGUCAUGUGUGGAUGUAGACAGAACAGUGAAUGUGACUGUGCUCAGGAAGGACGAAUCAUAUCCAGAGAUUAUAAAGAGGGAUGAGGCUACAGAAGAAGGCGUUGAACAGGUGAAGAGUGAUAAAGUAAAUGAGAAGGAAGAGAUGAACACACCUUUAAUCCAGACCGAAGAAUCCAGUGCUGAUACACUUUUCUCCCAGCAUUCACCACUCGUCCCAGAAUCCCAUGCCACAGAGCCAUCUCAAUACAAUGACAUAUCUACUCCUGAAAGUAUUUCAACCACUCAAGAUAAAAAUGAGCCACAGACAAGCUCCUCACACCAAAUAAACUUACCAACUAUUCAGGUUGAGUCAGAUCUUUCCAACCUGAGCAAUCAAAGAGAUUCAGAAGACAUGAAAGAGAAGACAUCGGAAUCUGUUGACUCUCACUCUUCCUCCAAAAACAGCCCAGACGCUGAACAGGGUCUUAAUAAAGAAACACAUGUUACAGUGAAGGAUGAACAGACUGAUGCAGAAAUGCUUAAAGAGGUUAACAUUUUGGACGGCAGCAAUGAUUUGGUUGAAGGGAUCAAUGCUGAGUGCAAGACAUCACCUAUAUCUGAGAAUCAAGCCAGGAUUGGACAGCCAGAUGAGAAGGAGGGGCUUGUACCUGUCAGUAAUUUCCUCCAAGACCCAGAUACUGCAGUAAACCUAAAGCAUUGUAUUACUCAUCAGCUGGAUCCGACCAAUGACUUAAGUGAUGUUGAAGAGGGAGAGGAGGCUAUAUCACUCAUAUUUAGAGACAGAGAUGUGGAGCAAAACUUAAAAUGUGAUUCAGAUCCUUAUCAAGAGAAUGAAGACAUAAAACACCAGUUUCCACAGAAAUGCAAAACCAUCACAAAAACACCCAGUGACACGAGAAAUGAUAAGACAGCCGAUGAAAAAUGAGGAGAUAAUUGGAGAUACCAUGGGAACUGUGUACCAAUCAUAGAGGAGAGAACCGAUAGAUGACCAACAGAUGUUUCUCUCAGCCAAUCACUGGAGGCCUUUCAGUGAUUUACUCACAAUUAUUCUCAUAUGUGCACAAUACUGCAAUAUAUUGUAUGUAAGUAGCACGUGUUCAGAACUGUGUCCACAAAUGCACUUGAUAUACAAUGGGGUCCAAAAGUCUGAGACUAGUUUUAAAAAUGAAAAUUCUCUUAUCAUUUACUCACCCUCAUGCCUUCCCCAAUGUAUAUGACUUUAUUUCUUCAGAUACCGUAAACACAAACGAAAAACCGUUCACAAGAGGGACGCUGUGACGCGUGACAUAAGUGUGUUCUGAAGCUCGCACAAAAGGACCGCCACUACUCACAUGAGCUUCACAACGCACUUAUGUCACGUCAUAAUGUCCCUCUUGUGAACGCUUGUAUAACAGUAGACCAGAAGCAAUGAUUUAUAGUUUAAAAAGUAAAAAAUCUUAGUAUUUUUCUUACACACACUUAUCAUUUCACUUCAAAAGUCAUUGUUUCAUCCACGUGAGGGUGAGUAAAUAAGACAAUUUUCAUUUUCAUAGACGGUUAGGUUAGGGUUAGGUGUUAGUGUUUGUGUUAGUAGAAUAAAUUAACAUGUAGUUGCAAAGUUGCUUAUAGUCAGUAGAAUGUCUGUUGGUGGAGCAUCAAAAUAAAGUGUUAGCAGAUAUUAAGCAGACAGUCUACUGAUACUCUAAUGAGAGGUAGUUGACAUGUAGUUUCAAAGUUAGUAGAAUGUCUAAAGUGGACUAUCGAAAUAAAGUGUUACCUAAAGAAGACAUAUUUCUAAAAUUACGCUAGAAAAUGUGAUCAUCAGGUUUUGUUCAUGUCAGCUUUAGUGCUGCUGUCAUAGAGUGCAAAAGUUGGGUUCCAUAAGUAAAAACUCCAUUCAUUUUCUCCAUAGGGAAAUUGAUUUUUAACGAUAACUUAUAAACCUUUAAAAAAGUUUUACUGUGAGCUACGAGGUUGUUGAUUGAUAGUAGUUGAUUCCGUUGAAGCCGUCAGACCGCAAUAUUUCAUCGUAUUUUUAAAAUAAUCAUUUAACAGCGGAAUUCGCAGUGAAAAACUACAUUAUCCAUGAUACUGUACAGAAAAUUCCACAAAAAGCUAAAUGCGCCAAAAGCGCACCUUAGCUCCGCCCACUCCCAUGAAGCACUGCGAAUUACAUAAUCAAGUCGAUCUCCCUACGCUUUCAAAAUACUUAAAUAUUUGUCUAUAUGUGAUUCUUGUAGCUGGUUGGCUUGGUUCGUGGCUUAUAAUGCUUUAAUGAAGACUUUUUUUUAAAAUCCCUAUAGGAAAAAUGAAAUACUUGGAACCUAUGCUGCUGAAAAAGUGUGAGGGCGCUGUUGAACUCUAUUGAAGCAAAAGGACAUAACAAAUAGCCUACUAAUAGCUUGCUUACUAGCUUGCUAAUAUAAUUUUUAACUGAAAAAGUGCACUACAUUAGAAAAGAAAAGAAGUGGACUUUCGGACCCCACUGAAGGUUGUGUACAGUUACAGAGCAUAUAUUUGUAUUUAUUAUACAUUUUUUCUCUUGAAUGUUGUUACUGCAUAAUGGUUUUUGAAUUUUACUCACUUUCCAAUAAAGAUUUCUCUGCAACCA